GCUAUUACAGCAAUCCCGUCAGACAACGUGAAACAUGGCGGAGGCGGCAACAUUUCAACCUGGGACUGGUGCUGCACCAGCUACCCUUGUGGAAUUAUCAGUGGCAUGUCGGAAACUGAUAGAUGCUGAUGUAUUUUCGAAGUCAGAUCCAAUGUGUGUGUUGUUCAUUCAAGAUGGAAGGAAGGCCUGGAAAGAGUUUGGACGAACAGAAAUUGUGUGGAAUAACCUGAACCCAGACUUCGUCCACAAGUUUGUCAUGCAGUAUUACUUUGAGCAGUCACAGAAACUCAAGUUUGAAAUCUAUGAUGUGGACUCGGCCAGUGCAGAUCUCAAGAAGCAUGACUUUCUGGGCAGAUUUGAAUGUAGUCUUGGGGAGAUUGUCUCUUCCAACCGUCUCGUCAAGAAUCUCAUGGGGCCUAAGAAGAAAAGUGGCUCAAUUGCUAUUACUGCUGAGGAGCUAAGCAGCUGUAAGGAACAAGCAACCAUGCAGUUCUGUGCUCACAAACUAGACAAGAAGGACUUCUUUGGCAAAUCAGAUCCAUUCCUGACAUUUAGCAGAUCCAAUGAGGAUGGCAGUUUCACCAUCGUACACCGAACGGAGGUGAUCAAGAAGACAUUGAACCCCACCUGGAAGCCAUUUGUCAUCCCUGUGCGGUCGCUAUGUAAUGACAGAUCUAUCAAGAUCCAGUGCUAUGACUGGGAUGCAGAUGGAGGACAUGACUUCAUUGGGGAAUUCACCUCCUCACUUCGGGAGCUGUCAAGGGGCAGGAUAGAGCAGAAUAGAUAUGAGUGUAUAAAUCCAAAGAAGAAGGCAAAGAAAGGGAACAAGUAUCAGAAUUCAGGAGUUGUGGAGCUGAUGUCGUGCAAGGUUGCUAAGGUCUUUACUUUCCUGGAUUACAUCAGAGGAGGAACCCGACUACACUGUACGUUUGCUGUUGAUUUUACUGCCUCGAAUGGCGACCCGAAAACCCCUACCUCUCUGCACUACUUGAACCCCUACAGACCAAACCCAUACGCCACCGCCGUCCGCGCUGUCGGCGACAUCAUCCAGGAUUAUGAUACUGACAAACUGUUCCCUGCGCUUGGAUUCGGUGCCAGACUACCUCCAGAUGGCGUUGUAUCUCACGAGUUCGCAUUGAAUGGAAACCCCAACAACCCGUACUGUGAAGGGGUGCAGGGGGUGCUGGACUCCUACCACAGGACUCUCCACUCUGUCCAGCUGUACGGACCCACCAACUUUGCUCCAGUCGUCAACCAUGUGGCCAGCUUUGCACAGACCUCACAGCAAGGGGCCGACUACUUCAUCCUUCUUAUCAUAACUGAUGGAAUCAUCACCGACAUGCCCCAGACCACCGAGGCCAUCGUUAAGGCUGCCAGUUUGCCUAUGUCAAUCAUCAUCAUCGGUGUCGGGGAUGCAGACUUCGAAGCCAUGGAGGUGCUGGAUGGCGAUGAUGUGCAGCUGUCGUCACGAGGACGGUAUGCUGAGAGAGACAUUGUACAGUUUGUCCCACUGCGUGACUUCCUUGGUCGUAAUGGCGAGGACCCCCAGUCUGUUCAGGCCAGACUAGCUAAGGAAGUGUUGGAGGAGAUCCCCGACCAGUUCCUGUCAUACAUGCAGCGCCACAACGUCAAGCCCAAACCCCCCCUGGAGAGACGCCUCACCAUCACCUCAGUCAGCUCUCUCCCGGUCUCCCAGCAGUGAGGGGGGAGGAGAGAGGCGGUGACAUAGGACAAAAUCCUAGGCUGAGAAGAGACCCUUCUUGUGGAACACUGCCCUUGUGCGGUCAUUGUAGAACAGACUUUUCUUAUUUAAGGAGAAACCAGAACAAAAUAUUGUUUAUCAUUAUCGGGUGCCCCAAGACAGAAAACUUUUGUAGAGUGAAGGCCACUGGAGAGAUUAUGACAGACAAGGCAGCUGCUCUUGUGUCUGGGCAUGGGCAGCUCCAACAGGACAUUGUUUUACAGGGUACGUGUUCAUGUAGCGGGUUGACAUACACCAUGCCAGUUUGUGAUUUAGUGCAAUAUGUAUUGGAACCGCUAAGAGAAGAUCAAACUGAACUUCACUGAUGACUUUACUUGUUUAUUACUAUAAGGCAUGGGACAAUAAAAAUAAACAUAUUCUACUCAAAGGAGGUGAAGGACCACCUGAUUCCUUCACCUUACUAUAGUUAAUCUGUCAUUGACUUGAAAUGAAUGAUAAAGAAUUAACUUAUUUUAUAGUUUCUGUGCAAGCCUCAGUUGUUUGUGCUGUAAACAAGCAAAUAGUUGCUGGAUAAAGGGAUCUGUAGCAUGAGUAUUAAUAACUGUACUUAGAUGUUGCAUUGAUAGAAUGUUAGAAGCUUCAUUGAUACUAGAGUGAUGCUUCUUCCAGAUAUUGGCUGGUAUGGUAUGAGUUAUCGUGUUGUCAUCAUCAAGAAGCUACUGGUACUAGUAUUUCAAGUCAAGUGUGAUGUCUUAGACUGUGUCAAUGUCCCGCUCACAUACUUAACACAGGAAAUUAGGUUGAUGUUAUAUUUUCAAAUAUUUAUUGGCUUGUCUUCCAGUAGUACUUUCAAUAAUAAUUUCACAAAUGAUGAUGGUUCAGAGGAGUAAUCAGUAAUCUGUAAUCAGAAGUGUUUUCAUGUCAAUAGUGGGUGUGUCAGUGUCUCUAAGCCUUUCUGUGCUACAUAAGGAAUACAAGGGUCCAGUCAGAAGCAUCAACAUUGAUCAGUUUACAGGCAUAACUUACCACUGCCAGGGCAAAUUGGCCACGCAACCACAAGUUCAAACAAUGGUAGCAUAUUUGGGGAAAAUAUAUUUUGCAUAUAUAAUGUUUCAGAUGUGAACAUCCUGUUUUGUUUGGUUCUGUAUCGCGAGAAGAUCUAAUAACACCACAUGUAACUUGAAUCAGAAAUGUUAAAUGAUUUUGAAAUUGUAUGUGCAGAUGUAUGUAAGGGACCUACCAUUUCAUAUUCUUGGGGUUGGGG